CUCUCCCCUCCCCCGCCACCUUCCUCUCUUUACUCUUCCACCGCCACUCUUCCUUCUGCUCGUCGUCGUCGUGGUCUUCCUAUACUCGCCUCGUUGCCGCGCGACGUCAACAUCGUCGGCUGGUGGUUACCCGGAGGAAGAGAGGCGAGAAAAAAGGAAAGCGAGCACAGAAGCGGCCGCCACCGACGGCGCUCGUCCGGGACCGGGUUGCGGACGAUCUCUCGCCUCUUCCUCCUUUCACGGAUCUUCGCCGGCACGUCGGAGUAGCUCAGAGAGAGAGAGAGAGAGAGGGAGGUGACACUUUCGGACAGACACGCGGCACGAAUCGGCGGACGCGCGCGAAGACACGGAAGAACCGCGCUCUCCUCGGAUCAGUGACGGUGGCGAGAUUUCAUUCGGGGAGUUUUUUUUCUUUCCUCACGAUCUCCACCCGUGGGGAAUCCUUUGUCUGGAAAGCGUGUGAGUGCACAGUGGAUUCGCCGGUGUUUCGCCAGUGGAUAAAAGCGACGACAGUGAGUGUGAUCUCGGUUUGACAUUAUCGUGGACGACGAAUCACAAGCGCAGCAUCGCCGUCGUCGUCGUCACCACGUCGGGAGGAAAACCGUCUCGGCGAUAAUCCGGUAUUGUUAACCGACCCGGGGCGGGCGGUGUUCCUCGCGAGUGAUCGUGAAUGAUCUCAGUGGUGUGAGACUGCGUGGCUGCUCGCCAGCAGUGGCCCGGUCAGUGUCGAUGUGCCCGAGUCGGUUGUGCUCGCGGCACUACCGUGAAGGAAACACCGAUCGCAGCGGGUAGACGACGACGUAGCCAGGAUGGCCAGCGCGACGAUGAUGGGUCUGCGUCGCAGAGCGCCGGUGAACAACUCGCCGACUCCCUCGAGCCAGUCGCCGGCGACGAGCGGCACGUCGUCCAGCAAACGUUCGAGAAGCGAGAACAACAACAGCCCGUCCCACGGCAAUCUGAACUCGAUGAACGGCGGUUCGCGAGACGAGCCGCCGACGAAGAAGUCCCGCGGGACUUCGACGAGCGGAGCGAAGGCUACCUCCGGUUGUCCCUCCACGUCCCUCGCGUCCUCCGCCACUUGCUCGACGUCCUCCGCCGCCUCCUCGAUCACGAGUACCCCGGCAGCCGACAGCCAGAGUUCGAGGAGUCGCGGAACUUCCGUCUCGAGAUCGGCCACUCAGACGAAGUCGUCUUCCACGUCGACCGCCGCCACCUCGGCCGACAUAUCGAGCAGCAGCUCGGUGCUCUCCACCAACAGCUGGCCGACCACGUCGGACGUGGCGUCCUACGCUUCCGGACUGGGCUUGACGGGCGGACAGACGGCUGGCCUCUGCGCCGGAAGCCUCGGCAUGCCUCCCACACCGAUAUCCUACAUGUCGACCUCUAUGGCGACCUUCGUCGGCAACGCCACGAAUCUCGGCAAGAGCUCCUCCGUCUCGUACCUCGACAUCUCCAACAUGACCGGUGGCUCCUUGGCGUCCGGCGGCGCGAACUCGCUGAACGGCGGGUACCCCGACGGUGCGAAGAACGGCAUGGCGAUGCCUUACUCGGGGAUGCCGAACAACAACAACGGCAGCGGCGCCGCUUCUUACGGAGGAGGCGUGCAGAAGGGGCCGAACGGCGCCGACGGGAACCCCUCGACGAGGAAGUUCCUAAACGACACCAUGUUCACCACUUAUCAGCCGUGGGUGAUCAAGACGUACGGCGACCUCGCCAAGACGAAGACGAUCACGAUCAAGAAGUACGCGCGCAUUCUGAGGACGCUGCGGGGCGAGGAGGUGAACAGCGCGGAGAACAGCAAGUUUCGCUUCUGGGUCAAGAGCAAGGGUUUCCACAUCGGUCAGCCGGAAGGCUACGACGCGAAACCGGCCGACAGGAUUAUCGGACGUCACGCCGUCACGAGCCCGGGAUUGGAUCCGCCGCUCUACGUGCCCACGCAGCCGCCGCACAACAAGGCGUUGAACGGUGCCGAAGGUACAGUGCCGCCCGGAAGGGUGUACAAGAAGGUCGCGAUCGUGGAGAACUUCUUCGACAUCAUCCAUGCGGUUCACGUCGAUCUCGAGGGCCGUCCUGGGAAGCAUGCCGGUCAGAAGCGCACCUACAGAACGAUCACAGAGACGUACGCGUUCCUACCUCGGGAAGCGGUGACGAAAUUUCUGCUGGGUUGCACCGAGUGUCAGCGGCGACCGCGGACACCGAGUCCGACGAACCUCUCCGGUCAGACGCAGUCCAAGACGUCGACGACGACGUUGACGUCGACGGCGACGUCAACGGUGACUCCGUUGAGUCCCGUCCUAACGGCAGGCGGCAACACAACCGCCCUCACGGCGACGGCGUCGUCGUCAUCGGCCGCAUCGGUGCAGAGCAGUCCAAAAAUACGCGACGGUAAUAACCAGCACGCCGCAUCGUCGGAAGGGAAGAAUCUGCACAGCUACAGGCAUCAGAAGCAACACAGGCUCAGCAUCGCGAUAGAGAAAAUCGAGAAGGAGAAAGAAGAGAAGUACAACCCGCUGAGCAUUACAAACUUGCUGAAGAAAGAGCCGGUGAACGGUGGUUUUCUGCCGAGUACGGACACUCUGCCGGACUCGAGGAGGACACCCGAGUCGGACCGGGCGAGCUCGAAGAGCUCGGCGUCGUCCAAGAGGAAGCGAAUGCUGCCGGAGGGACGAACACCCUCGCCGCAGCCGAACCAGCCGUUGCCGAGGCCGUGGAGCCCCGGCUUGGAUACCAAGAACACGCCCAUCGAUUACAGCCGACCCAUCACCACCUCGUACUUGAAGCACCAGCAGAGGAUUCUCCAGGCGGAGAAGAGCAAGGCGACGGCGGCAGCGAUGGCGAGCGCGCUGCUGAACCCCGUCGAGAGCGAUCCGAGGUUCACCGCGACACCCCUCGCCGACGAGAUGGAGAACGCAGAGCGGGAGAGGUUCUCGCCGGCCACCGGUUUGAUCGACACCAACCUCAAUCUGUUGGCGACCAUCCAGCACCUGCACUGCCAAGUGAUGCUGGCGCUCACCGAGCGGUUGCGGCCGUCGAUCGCGGUGCCGAGCCCGUUGGUCCUGCCGCCGACGCCGACGAGCGUCCUCACGGCCGGUCCGCUGAUGAUCGGCACGGAAGUGUCGGUGCAGACGGGCGAGAAUCACUCGUGAGGUGAUCGCCGCUAAAGGAGAGAAAGAGAGAGAAGAUCGGUGUUCAGUGACUCUUCAUUGGGAGAGAUCCGCGGCGGCAGUUGCCGAGACUACGAUUGUGAUCAAGGUGAAAUAUUGCACUUCACACCGCGACCGAUCAACUAUUUCGCGUCGAUAGUAGCAGUAGUAGUAGUAAUAAUAAUAACGAUAAUAAUAAUAAAGUAAUAAUAAUAGUACACGGCUGCCUCUGAGUAGCGUAGCCCGUCGAGCGUAACUCACUCACCGUACGAGUUUCCUCGGCACGGAGAUCGGAUAAACUCGCUCGUGCCGAUCGGCCGGAUCGGAAGGGUGGGAGAAGGGGUGCGAAAGGUGAGGUAACAAAAAUGUCCCAG